GUGACGUAAAGCACCACCGAAAAAGAAAAGCGGAAAGAGAAAUUCUGUGAGGGUUGGCAUCUUUGUUCCGUCAUCCUAGACCCACUGCCAAAGUAGAGAGCUGCUGGAUUUUAGCGAACAGGGCCGAAAUGGAUCAGUACAAACUCGAAAUAAAAGAGGAGGACGUGGAAGUUUAUCAAAAUCAGAACAAGAGCGAUACGGAGCAGCAGGGCCCGAAUUUAUCCGAGCAGGACCGGCUCACCACUAGCGAAAUAAAGGAGGAGCUGCAGGACCCGAGUUUAACCGAGCAGGACCCGGGUUUAACCGAGCAGGAUCGGUCCACUAGCGGAAUAAAGGAGGAACAGGAGCAGGACCCGAGUUUAACAGAGAACGACCGGUCCACUUGCGGAAUAAAGGAGGAGGAGGAGGAGGAGGAGGAGGAGGGGGAGGACCACCCGAGUUUAACCGAGCAGAACCCGGGUUUAACCGAGCAGCUCCGGUCCACUAGCGGAAGGGAGGGGGAGCAGCAGCAAGACCACGACCAACCUGGUCCCACAGAUCAACAGAAACACAGAGGAAGACGAGGUUCAACUCUGUAUGUCUGUCAGGAAUGUGACCAAGCCUUCACCAGUGCAUCGCAGUUAAAAAACCAUGAGAAGUUUCACACUAGAGGAAAAGCAUACAGCUGUGACCAGUGUGGCAAAACCUUUACUGCAAGAAGUAGCCUAAAGACCCAUCAGCAAAUUCAUACAGGUGAAAGACCUCACACCUGCACCGAAUGUGGAGCAGGCUUCCACACGUCGAAGGAUUUGAAAACCCACUUUCGUUCUCACACUGGAGAGAAACCUUACUCAUGUGAACAGUGUGGAAGAGCUUUCUCUCGGAUUAGUCACCUACUGACUCACCAAAUUGUUCACACUGGGGAAAAACCUUAUUCAUGUGAAAAGUGUGGUAAAUCAUUCUCUCGACCCAGUACUUUAGUGACACAUCACCUUGUUCACACUGGAGACAAACCUUACUCAUGUAAACAGUGUGGAAAGGCAUUUUCUCGCAACAGUGUUUUACUGAAACACCAUCGUGUUCACACUGGAGAGAAACCUUACUGGUGUGAACAGUGUGGAAAAACGUUUUCUAACAGCAGUACUCUACUGAAACACCAACGUGUUCACACUGGCGAGAAACCUUACUUGUGUAAACAGUGUGGUAAAUCGUUUUCUCAGCCUAGUAAUUUAGUGAGCCAUCACCGUGUUCACACUGGAGAGAAACCUUACUCAUGUGAGCAGUGUGGAAAAGUGUUUUCUAUUAGCAGUAGUUUAGUGAAACACCAUCGUGUUCAUACUGGACAGAAACCUUACUGGUGUGAACAGUGUGGUAAAUCGUUCUCUCGGCUCAAUAGUUUGGUGACACAUAAUCGUGUUCACACCGGAGAGAAACCUUUCUUAUGUGAACAGUGUGGAAAAGCAUUUUCUGACAGAAGAAGUUUACAGAGACACAAACAUAAUGUUCACACCGGAAAGAAACCCUAAUCAUGUAACUUUGGAAAAGCAUUCUGCCGCAACUUUAUUUCAUUUGUACUUGUGGUUCAACAAAAGUACAAUAAUAUUCUGCUAUAUCAAAUGUCAAAGAUUCCAAGGGAACAAACAUCAAUGAUCAUGUCAGCACCAAACUUGAGCAGGAGAAUAUGAAAAUAUCUUGGGGAAGAUGAUGUUUUUAAGAUAAGUUACAAUAAUUUUUAAUUUAUGUUGUAGUUUUAAUUUGUGAAGUUAACAAACUGUAAUCAUGUUAAAGCGGAGUGGAAUGCUACAAGGCAAGAGUCAAGUGCAGGUCUUAGGUAAAUUCUGCAUUUUCAAGUUUGUCAAUGUUUACAUAACUUAAGUUGAAAGUACCAGAAUCAACCCAAGUUCAAAGUGCAAACAAACUGUGGUUUUAAUUGAAGUGAGACAAAGCUGAGCUCAUAUCUGAAGUAGAUGUGUGGUAAUGCUAAGGAACAAAGCAAGCAUCACAAAGGCAGAAAAUGUGUAUAAAAACUCCAGGUUUUGGCUAGUUGGAAGAGGGAUUUGCAGGUGCAGGGGGAAUAAUAAAUAAAUACAUUUUAGUUGUGUUUGCUUUUUGCUAAAUAAAAUACAAGCUUUGUAGUUUAAGUAACAGUUUCUUUCUUUCAUUUUUUGUACCAUCUCUCUCCUUGACGAUAUAAAAGUUCGAAAUUAUCAGAAUCAGAAAAGGCUUUAUUGCCAGGUCCUGUAGAGAGCACUUUAUAGAACUAGGAAUUUGUCAUUGUGUUGGCAGCUGGUGCAUCACAACACAAAAAGUACAAACUGCUGAAGUGAUGCAUCUCUACUAUUAAGUACUGUCCCCAUUGCUAAGUUAAAAGUUGUAGUCAUGUUUUAUUCCAUUGUUGUUUUAUACAUAGAAGUGUCUCCUAAACAUGUACAUAUUCAUGCUUCAAAUGUGCUUUUGAGUUUAAGUACAUUAAACUGAGUUUAAAUACAUUUAUACAUGGUCACAUAAGUGUGACUGAAUAAAUGCACAGUAAGUGUUUUGAAAGACUGUGUGUGUUAAUUUCAUACUCAAACUAUAAACUGAUGAAUUAGACAACAAUCAUUUUGUAUCACAGAAUAACUGCUCAAACAGGUCAUGACAGCUUAACUGGACAGUUACAGCCUGUCACCCAGGGCCACUGGUUGAAAUUUCAAGCAUAUAAGGAACAAAUUAUUUUAAUUGAUUAAUUAAAUUAUUUUUUACUGGCUUGAGGCAGAGCUGAAAACAGAACAUUAGAAUAAUCCAGUCUGGAAGACACCAAAGCAUUCAUUCAAAUCUCAGGUAAACUGUGGGUUCGAAUUAUUAUUUCAACUAUACUGAGUGUUUUUAACAAACCCCAAUCUACCAAAAGUGAACACAAUAAGUCCAAUAUUCGUCUGACAGCUGAUCUGUUUCACCCGGAAGAUUACAGGUCACAGGUUGAGUGACAUGAAAUGCCAGUAUAGGUGUGUGUCCCGCUCCAAGGGUUUAGAAAAAAACGUGCGUAAACGCGCCCGGGGCUGAGGAGAAGGGUGGAAAAUCACGAUCUCGCCUAGAGCACUGAAACACUUGUGCCUGAACUGCACAAAAUCACGUUCGUGAGCCUGGUGGGGGGCGCAUGGUCACGAUCGCGAGCUGGGAGAGGGGGCGCGUAAUCGCGAUUGCGUCCCGGGGGGUCGAGAGCUGGUGAGUAGGGGGCGCAAAAUCAUGAUCUCGCCUAGGGCGCCAACUUGGCCAGGGCCGGUGCCCUGACUCGUAGGACUGUAACUCGUGUGGGCUGCACUCUGGAUCAUACAAGUAACCCUGAAUAUCAGACCCUUAUAACACCAUAGAACUCGCUGUCUUCUAAAUAAUCCAGAACAGGUCGUCCGGCCAUUGAAUAUUAGUGCUGUAGGUGUAUGCAAUGGCGGCCCAUUCAGUUUCGACUCAGCAGGCUGGCUCUGCCCCCUCUCAGUGUGACCCUUGCUGAGGCAGGUACAGAGGAAAGCAGAAAGUGGUAGUUGUAGUUUUUGAGCCAACGGCAAACCAUCUGCCGAGGCUUUUUACGUGAGGAAUAAUUGAUAAGUUCUUUUACUAGAAAUGAUGGAGCAAUCUGAGUGUCCCUUCAUUCUUAUAUAUUACCUGAGAUUGUUUUGGUCAACCCUUAUUGAAAAUCUCUGAAGUUUUCCUAUAAGGAUGCACUGUUGUGGUUGAUUAAAAAUACACUUUUGCAACACUCAAUCAGGCUGAGGGGUAACGUCACCAUCUAUUUGAUUAACUGCUUCUCUGAGCAACUCGAAAACUGUCCUCCCUCCUGCAGCCAUUCCGUCCACAAACUACGAAUCCUGUAACGAUAUUCACGCCGUGUUUUGCUUCAGUUGCCAGAGCUUCACCUACAUUUCAAGGUUUAUUAUUGCACUACCCUACUUAAAUCGAUACUUAAAGUGCUGUUGCUUGUGUCAGAGUUAAGAAGUAGCCAAUUGCAUAACUGCUUCCGCCUGUUUGAGUUGAUUGACAGACGAAGUCAUUCUGCUGUAAAGUGGCAGUAUGAAAUGAAUACGGCACUCGGGAAAAGGGAAUUAUUGAAUAAAAACAUUUUGAAAUAAAGUCUUCAGGAUUUAAAAUGCAGAUGUAAUAAUUAGUAUUACUAUGAAAAUAAUCAUCAAUAAUGAGCAGAUUGUACAGCAUUAUGAAACAUAUUUUAUAAUAAUAAGCUUAAUUUGUAAAAAUGUUUGUGAUUAUUUAUAAUUUCAUGGUCAGUUUAAAUAAUUGUCUCUCUUUCAUAAUGUCUUAUUAAUUAAUUUUAUAUUGAACACUUUGGAGUUCCAUAUACUGACUUCCUGCAAAUGUUUGUUUUGGGCAACAAAAAAUAACAAACAUUCAUUUUAUUUAAUAUUUUAAAAUCACAGUAAUCUUUAAAUUCAGAACUAAAAUAAAACAAGUAACACAAAUAAAAUACACUUAAAUAAAAUAUUAUUUAUUUUCCCAAGCCUUAACUACAGUAUAAAAAUGAAGCAUAAUAAUUGAGAAUUGUAGACUAGAAAACUUCAAUUGAAAAUUGAGGAGCUGAUAUAGAAUGAGUAUGUGAAAUCUAAUUUCUAGGUGUGAUAUUUGAUGAUAGAGAUUACCAGGAAAACCUAUCUGGUGGAAUUCAAUGAAAGAAAUUAACUUGAGGGGGACAGUUAAAUUUAAAAAUUCAUGCAAUAUGUAUAACCAAAAAGAUUGUAUAUUUCAGGAAUGGAAAUUAGUUUUCAAAGAGGAAGAGAAGCAUAUAAGCAUUUUUUUAAACAUAUUUAAAGGUUUGAUCUUGGGUUUGAUUCCCAGAGGCGGACCAGGUGCCUUUCUGUGUAGAGUUUGUAUAUUCUCCCCAUGUUGGCGUGGGUUUUCUACGGGUUCUCCGGCUUCCUCCCACGGUCCAAAAACAUGCGUUAGGUUGAUUGAUCCUCUAGGUGUGAGUGUGGGUGUGAAUGGUUGUUUGUAUAUGUGUGGCCCUGUGAUGGACUGGCAACCUGUCCAAGGUGUACCCCGCCUCUCGCCCAUAGCCAGCUGAGAUAGCCUCCCCCCCUGCGACCCUACGUACGUGCGGAAUACAGAUGGAUGGAUUGAUGGAAUCAUCAGCCACUAUCAUCAAGAUAGUGAACAAAUGUGGUAACAAGACAUCUACUAAUAGUGAUGGCAUCACCAUGGCAACUGUUAAGUGGAUAAUUGAGGGAAUUUGCAAAGAGUGAAAUGGCAAAGGUUAUGCCACUGUAUAAAUCUGAUGAUCAGGGAGUGGUGCACUAAUAUUAACAUUCUGUAAUGGUUCGCUUUUUUGAUGUGUGAGAUCAUGUGUAUUGCUAUUUCAACUGCUUGUACAAGUUUGAAAGAAUAAUAAUAAAAAAAACUGCCUAAUCACCAAUGAUCAUGACGCAAAGUACAGAGGACUUACUCAGGACUUUGGGAACUGAUGCCAGCGGAAACACCUCCUGAUCAAUGGAGGAAAACAAAGGAGAUGGUGGUGGAUUUUCGCAGACGGCAGUCUGCUGUCAUCCCACCAAAGCACAUCAAGGUCCUGGCUAAAAUCACAUCCAUCCUGGACCAGGACUCUCACCCAGUGGAGGACUCACUGCUCUCGAGAGCAGCUUCAGUAGUGGACUGAUUUCAGAGGUUUCACAGGUCUUUCCUACCUGCUGAUUUAAGACUGUAUAAUCAGCACUGUUAGCUGCCUCCCCGUCCAUAACUUACCCACUGCAUCAGUGGUUAUGUAGGAAAAUUUUCAAUAUUUAUAUACUCAUACAAUAUGCAACAACCCCUCCCAUUACUCCAUACUCAAUCUACCCUUCUGUAUAUUGUUGAACUGUGCCAACACAACUUGACUUUUAAUUCUUGUUGCUGUAUAGUUCUCCACUGUAUCAUGCUUUGUGCUGUUGUGUGACACAAUUACCCCGCUGUGAGACUAUUAAAAGGUUGUCUUAUAA